UUAUCUUAAAACACUUUUAUUUUGAAAAACACUUUUCCAUCACUGUUGCCGUUGGCUUGAUGCGUCAUUACUACGCGAGACUACCUGAGGUACUAUGUAACUGCAUAAGCCGAGCUUUCCAAGUUACACAAUUGUAUGCAGGUGUUGAAGUGUCUGGAGCUGAAUGCAGAAGAUCGUAGCAGUGCUUGGUGGGGGGAUUGGGGGUCUGUCGGCCUGUCAUCAUCUGAGCAAGAGUCCUAAUGUUUCCAAGAUCGUGCUGCUGGAGGAAUCUGGGAGAUGUGGGGGUUGGUUGAGCUCCACACGGAGGGAAGACGGAGCGGUGUUCGAGCACGGACCACGAGGGGUGCGACCUGCAGGUGCUGUCGGCCGGAACACUUUGAAUAUGGUCUCUGAGUUGGGUCUUGAGUCUGAACUCCUGCCAAUUACGAAGGAUCAUGUGGCGUCUAAGAACCGCUUCUUGUAUGUGAAGGGACAGCUGCACAAGAUGCCAUCAGGACCUGGUGGCGUUCUCCGAACCAUCCCUCCUUUCUCUCGUCCCAUAAUUCAGAGUGUUAUGAAGGAGAUACUGGUCAGUAAAGGGAAAGAGGAGGACGAAUCCGUGCAUGCGUUUGUGUCCAGACGACUGGGUUCUGAGUUGGCAGAUAUAGCCAUAGACAGCCUGUGUAGAGGAGUUUUUGCUGGAGACAGCAGACAGUUGAGUGUACGGUCCUGCUUUCCACCUCUUUAUGAAGCAGAGAGGUCUCGGGGCUCCAUCUUGCUGGGCAUGCUGAUGGGUUCAGGAGUUGGUCCUAAAGUAGUCCCUUCAGACUUGGCAAAGAGAGCGUCUAAAGAGUCCUGGACCCAGUGGUCUCUAAAGAGAGGCAUGCAGACACUUCCAGAAGCCUUGGUGGACAAGCUGAGGAUGCGAGAGCAAGUGGAGAUUCAUCAUCAUGCGAAAGUGAAGAGUCUGAACAUUUACGGGGGAGGCUGGGAGAUCAAACUAGAUGAUGGGGCUUCUUUGAAAGCUGAUCAUGUUAUUUCUACCCUGCCUGCAUCAGCUUUGGCAUCUGUGCUGCCCCCUGCUGCUCAUCCCCUGUCGGAACAGCUGCGAUCCAUCACUGCAGUAACCGUUGCCGUGGUGAAUUUGGAAUAUGAAGGCUUCAUCCUUCCUGUUACUGGCUUUGGACAUUUGGUGCCUUCUUCAGAAGAUCCAGGUCUGUUAGGGGUGGUGUACGACUCUGUUCCCUUUCCACAACACAAUCAGAGUGGAAAACCCACCACUAGGCUGACGGUGAUGAUGGGGGGAGCGUGGUUUGAGCAGACGUUUGGUAGUCCUGAUUUAGUGACGAAGCAGACGCUGUUGGAUCGAGCCACCCAGGCUGUGACCUCUCACCUGGGCGUAACCUCACAACCUGUAUGGAGCUUUGUUGCUUUACUCAAGAACUGCAUUCCGCAGUAUCAUUUAGGACACUGGAAACGACUUGAAAAGAUGAGGCAAUACAUCAGCAACCACAAUCUGCCCCUUACACUGGCGGGAGCUUCCUACGAUGGUGUCUCUGUCAAUGAUGUGAUAUUUAGAGGGCGGACUGCAGCUGAGGGUCUCGUUGGAAAAGAAGGAUCUGAAAAAUUCACACUAACAUAAAAACAUGCUUUACUUGAACCCAGGAUGGAAAUCAAGAGUACAUCCAAUUGUUUGUAAAUGUAAUAUAAUUUAUCUUGUUUUACAGUAAAAUAGAAAUAUCUAAAUUUCAUCAAAAGAAGAUACAUUGACUUGAGAAGCAAAAACUGUUCAGAGUUAAGUUUAUAAUUUUAUACUCCAUUAGCUUUGUUAAAUUCUUAUUUAAGUUUAAAACAAGAAAAAAGCAGCUGGCUUGAGAAGAAUAAACUUUUAUUUUCUUGAUGCGAUUUAAGUAAAUGUUGUUUUAAGCAGGUUUAGAUAUUUUCUACUGAAAAGCAAGAUUUAAAAUGUUUUUCUGCUGUGAAUGAGCCAUCAAAUAAUGUACUUUAUCAGUAAUAUCAGUCAAAUGAUUGUAGAACUUGACUGUCCCCAUGUGGCACAUGAAUUAAAUGUAUUUUUUUAUGUUCAUCUGUGGUGAAAUUGAACAUGGAUGAGGAGUAUAAUAUCUUUUGAUCAUUCAGUUUCAUCAGUUUUUGACAUCUUGGGCUGGGAAAUUGUCAAUUGCUACUAGUAUCUCAUCCAGAACUUCUGUUUAUCACGCUUGCCAUUAGGAAAGGUCACGUUGUCCUACGUUCACGUCACCUCAGCAACUAUCAAAAAUGGCCUCAAGUGUUCAAAAUAUAGUAAAUUUUCACCCAUUUCUUCCAUUUGUCUGAAAGGUAUGAUAGGACAGGCUGAGAUGAAGUGCCAUUUAAAUCAGGGGGCACUAAAAACAUUUUGCACUGAACAUUUUAUACCAUUACACUAAAGUGGCUUCAAUGGCAAAUUUACAACUUAUAUUUUGCAUUUGAGCCAAGCAGCAGAUUGGAAAUGGCUGUGACCAUCUGCAUUGUCAUUGACUUUCAAAGGGCAAAAAAUUCUAAGUAUACUAUUACUCAGAGAAGCAGACUUUUAAUGGGUGCUUGAGAGACAUUUGUUUCACACACAGAUGCUUUGCAAACCAUUUCUCUUAAUGUGUCACAGAGCAAUAAUGUUUUAUCACGGAAAUGCACAGGUGUGCCUUUUUGCCUUUUACAUGCAGUACUUGUGAGACAUCAAUGAAUGCAAUUUUAUAUUGCAUUGUCACAAUAUGGAUCCACAUGCAAUGGAGACUGAUUGUCGAUUUCAGCCUUAGGUGUGAAUGUGACUAAAGAGUAUGUCUGUGAAUUGUGUAGUAUGUAACAACAAUAAUUCCAUGAAAAACCUCUAAUUUGUUAUGACAACCGCUCAAUAAAUGAUAAUGUAUUUUUAUGCGAUUAUCUUGAGUAUGAUAAAUAAAUGUGUUUGGUUUGUUGCGUGUAA